AUGAUCCCUGGCCGACAGAUCACGGUGGAUCCCGCGCUGAGUCGGCCCGGUGCCGGCGCCGCCGAGUCCGAGUCGGACUCCAGCCUGGAGUUCGACUUGGUCGGAGAACGCUUCCUCGCUACGGAGGUCACGAGUGUCUGCGCAUCUCAACAGCGCUUCACCACCGAACGAGAGCGAGAGCGACAUCGCGGCGGCAGCGGCGCCAAAAUUUUCCCUUCUGGUGUAAGGGACGGUGAGAAGGUCCAGCGAAACAUGGCUAUGAACUCUGUUCACGCUCCGACCUUCGCCCUGUUCCUUCUGUUGGGGACCCUCUGUGCGGGCCUUGCAGCCGCGCAGUCGCCCAGCAAUUCCACUCCGGGCGUUCCAUCCACCGGCUGCACUUGUACGUGUCCGCCCAGUACCACUUGCUCCGAGCUUCAGGGCCGUUGUGAUUGGUACUUCCUGGGCAGUGGCCCCGGCAGCCCCACGCCAACUUUCAACCUUAGAGACGGCCAAGGGGAUCAUGCCAUCAGCCCCCCAAUCACUUACAAGGACGGUCAGACGGUUCUGGCAGCUAACACCAACGGCGGCUACACUUACACGGGUGCGGCAAUCCCCAACGAGAGCCAGAACCAAUUCUAUGGGAACGGCGCUUACGUCUACUACAGAACGUUCAACUACCCUCUGAGCGUCGAGAAUUACAAGGGUCGCUGCUUCCUCCUCCCCCUCACUGAAAUCGAGCUCGGCGAUGGGUCCAACCUCAACAGGGGCGACGGAAACGCGGCCUACUUGGAGUCCCGCCGCUGCGUCGUGUUCGCGACUCAGGCGUAAUGAGACGAAUUGUACCUCAGCCUCAGUAUGUUUGAGGCACCUAGGGAGAGGUUUGAGUUUGGAGGGAUUGAAGGAGAUGAAAGAUUGCACGGAUGACUGAGCAAUCGAAAGAUUGCAUGCAAGGGUCAGUGUAAACAGAUUGUGCGUGAGAGUCUAAAGUUUCAGCAGUUAAGAUCUAUUAUAUAGACCAGCAUAGGGUUUUCAAUGAGUGUACUUCAGAGAACACUUCGCAUGAAUAGAGAUUUGCAUUUUCAAUUGAUAAGCUCAACGUAAAAUGUGCGGCUUUGACUUUCUGUACCAUAGAGAA